AUGGCAUCCCCGUUGCAGUUCGCGUAUCGAACCCAGAAGACGAUCGGUGUGUUUGACGCUGCUCCAGUUUACGAGCCUCUCGCUGGAUUCACCAAACCCGAGGGGAACCUUAGGUGCAGCGCCUACUCUCCCUGCGGUCGCUUCUUCGGCUGGGCCAAUCCGGAAGCGGUAACUGUUAUUGACGCCUUUGGCGGCAAUGUCGUCCUUGUUCUACCCCUCCUGAACGUGUACGAGCUGGGUUUCUCGCCCCAGGGCACCUUCGUCAUCACCUGGGAGAGACCUGGAAAGGAGGAGGGGGGUGACGCCACGAAAAACCUCAAAAUCUGGCGGACGGUGGAAGAGGGUGUAGCAGGUGGCGACAAGCAACCCAUUGGGCGCUUUGUCCAAAAGCAGCAGGGAAGCUGGAACCUGCAGUACACUGCCGACGAGAAGUACUGCGCCCGCCUGGUCACCAACGAGGUCCAAUUCUACGAGAGCCACGAUCUGGUCACCGUUUGGAACAAGCUCAGAGUCGAGGGGGCUGCUAAUUUCGCCCUCGCCCCUGGAAGCCAAAACCAUGCCGUGGCUGUGUUUGUCCCCGAAAGAAAGGGCCAACCCGCCGUCGUCAAAGUCUUUAAUGUCCCCUUAUUCCAGAAUGCCAUCUCGCAAAAGACAUUCUUCAAGGGCGACAAGGUUCAGUUCAAGUGGAAUAAGCGUGGAUCCUCGCUGCUGGUGCUGGCCCAGACAGACGUCGACAGGUCUGGCAAGAGCUACUAUGGCGAAACGACUCUGUACCUGCUCAGCACCAACGGAACCUUUGAUGCACGUGUCACUCUCGACAAAGAAGGCCCUAUUCACGACGUGUCCUGGUCGUCCAACUCGCGCGAAUUCGGAGUUGUCUAUGGGUAUAUGCCAGCCAAGGCCACCAUAUUCAACGACCGUGCCGUCGCCAAGUACUCCUUCCCGCUUGCGCCCCGCAACACCGUCACAUUUUCCCCCAGUGCCAGGUUUGUUCUUGUGGCAGGCUUUGGAAACUUGGCAGGCCAAAUAGAUGUCUACGAUUUACAAAAGGACUAUCGCAAGGUCUGCACCAUCGAAAGUGGCAAUCCAAGCGUCUGUGAGUGGAGUCCUGACAGUCGGUACAUCAUGACUGCGACAACCUCGCCUCGUCUCCGCGUAGACAAUGGUGUGAAGCUGUGGCAUGUUGGUGGCACCAUCAUGUACAAUGAAGACAUGGUUGAGCUGUACAACGUGUUGUGGCGACCCGCGGCCGCUGAGAACGUGGCUGCCGGAGAUCCUCUCAAUCCUGUCCCGUCGCCUCACGAGUCCGCUACCGCCUACCUGGGAACCGUCAAGACGCCCAGCAAACCUGCUGGAGCAUAUCGCCCACCCGGUGCUCGAGGCUUGGCCACACCCCUCCAUUUCAAACGGGAGGACGAAGGCGGCGCUGCUCAUUUUGUCAGUAACGGCACGCAAAAUGUCGGUCACAACGGCUUCGGUCGACCUCGCCGAGCAGUCCCCGGCGCCGAUCCAGCUGACGCGUCAACAGCCUCGUCUCGAGCUGUUCCAGGCGCCGAGACGGUCGGUGACGAUGGUGGUAAGAAGAACAAGAAGAAGCGUGGCAAGAAGAACAACCAAGAAGGGCGCCUGGAGGGCGAGGCCAACGGCGGCGCCAGUCUUGCUCCGUAUGACAACCGUGCCAACGCCUCUGGUGGAAGCCCCGAGAGGCGGGGCCCGGCUAACAGCAACGGUCGAGAUCACCGAAGUAGAUCGCGGAACAACGGAGGAGACCGAAGCCGAAGCCAUACUCAACAACACGGCCAAAGGGUCUACCCCGUCAACCAAAAUCAGGGUGGAGCGACCGUCACCCCGGAAGCUGCCGACGCUGGCCAGCAUGCCGAUGCAAAGAAGGUCCGUAGCCUUCAAAAGAAGAUUCGUGCAAUUGAGGAUCUGGAGAUGCGACUGGCCGGUGGAGAAAAGCUUGAAGAUACACAGGUGAAGAAGAUCAACACAAAGUCUGCUGUGUUGAAGGAGCUUGAGGCUCUCGAAACAGCGACGUGA